AUGAUUCGUUUUUUCUCCGCCACCGCAGAGAUACGGGCUGAAAUUAGCACUACUCCUCGUCCCGGCACAGGUACCCCAGACAGCCGACUUUAUCCCAUCCCCCCGAGAACGCAUCUUGGCCAAGCUGCAGUGCAUCUGUCCCACAGUCUCCAACGUUCUCUUCCCACCCCACCUCCCAGGUCCCAUCGCGCAUCUUCAUUAUGCCCCUCACCCCCAACCGUCCGCCUGGUUCACGGCCUAACUGAGCUGGCGAGGUUGGCCCGACAACCAGUUUGCAUUUUUAGGCCCGGUUACCGCGAUGGACGCAGUGCACGCGGCAUGUCGACAAUGCGAAUCACACAUGGCCUCAUACGAAUGGCGAAACUCGGCUGGCGUGUGGUUGGUGGGCCUGUUCAGCUGUCUGUGCCCUCGCCUCCUCCAUCGUCCUGCCAACUCACUGGCCCGGCAAUUGCAACACACCGUCCGCCACCAGUUGAGCAAGCCCAGACGUCACUGGUACAGGGUGGGCGGCCCUACCAACUAGGUUUGUCUGUACCUCGAUCUGGCUCCUGCUACUUGCUCAACAAACAAUCCGCCCAUUUAUCUAAGCAUCAACAGUCACCCGCACACUCAUUAUGUGUCCCCAUCCACUUCGCGGCCCAACCUCUGUGCAUGGGCCUUGGUGAUGGCCCAAGUAGCCUUGAGAACUACAUGACAAUGCAACUGGACUCAGCCAGCAUCCCACAAUAUCCCACAUUGUCCCUGUUGCACGCCUGGUCGAAGCCGAUCUGA